GAUUAUCAUGUGAGCUUAAAAUAUAUUCAUAGCUCAGUGCCUAUGAUAUUUCCAGGAAUCAUUGUUAGACAGUUCCAGCAUAUAUACUAUGGUUCCAAUGACAGCUACAGCAAAUAUCUCAGUUUUGUAAAAUUAUGGGUAACAGCUACAGCACAUCCACAUCCUCUGGCAGGUCUACUGAAGUUACAUAUGAGAGACUUGAAAAGAUUCCUCGUACUGAAGCUGCUUAUCGUGUUACUAAUGGCAAUAUUGCUGCUAUUGAUUUUGGUACAUCAUCAAUCUCACUGGCUUAUACCACUAAAGGAGAUGCUAAUGUUUCGAUGAUCUCGUUUGAGAGUUCCAAAAAGCAAGAAAGAUCUCUCAACAUUAUUCUAUGCAAGAAAGUAGCAAGUGAAAACAAAAUAAGAGUAGAAGCUCUGGGAGACAAAGCAGCCACUCUUUAUCAAAAAUUGAGAAAAGAAGAAUAUUCUGAGUAUAUCUACUUUGAAAGGAUCAAGAUGUUAAUGAGAAGAGAUCAGAAGAGUAUUACACGUGACACACCAGUUGAAUCUUUGUCUGGUGAGCAGUACUACCUAGUUGAAGUUAUUGCAUUCAUUCUCAAGUAUAUGAAGGAUCUAUUGAUAGACCACCUCUCGCGUACAGUCAGACCAUUAAAAACUACUGAUUUUGAUUGGGUCAUCACUGUUCCUGCUAUAUGGGAUGCACGUGGAAAGAGAAUGAUGAGAGAAGCUGCCUAUUUGGCUAGUUUACUCACAGAAUCUGAUGGCAUUGUCAAUUUUACUCCAGUAUCUUCUUCUCCUCUUCCUCUCUGCAGUGAUGUUAAUCCUGACAAGCUAUCAUUAGCACUAGAGCCAGAGUCAGCAGCUCUUUAUAGCCAGAAGAAUAUAGCAAGUGAUAUCAAUAAAGAUCGGUCCUUGUCAGUUAUAAAUCCCCCUAAAAAGUACAUGGUUAUAGAUAUAGGAGGAGGCACCGUUGAUAUUACAGCUCAUGCUGAAGAUGGUGAUGAUAUAAUUGUUCAAAAUAUACCAACUGGGAACGCAUGUGGGGGUACUCAAGUUAACGAAGCAUUCUCUCAGUUGCUACAAAAGCUAACAAAAGAUGCUGGUUACGAUAGGUUUUUAGCUUCAAAUGCUAGUUUGAAACCAAAGCGAAGUGCUAAUAUAAACAUGAUACUUUAUACUGAUUUUGAAGGGCAAAAAUGUUUAUUUGGGCAAGAAGAAAUCGAAGGAAUUGCUAUUGACUUGGGUAAAAUUGCUGGAUUUUAUGAUAAAGAGCUAAAAGAAGUACAAGGCAUGGAAGGCAUUGAAUAUGAAUGCGAUAGCUCUACAUUAUACAUAAAUAAGGAUUUCGUGGAGUCCCAUUUGUUUGGUCCAGUAAUUAGUGACAUUAAAAAGUGCCUAAAUGAAGCUAUUGCUGAUAAUGGAUAUGAGGCAGAUGCGUUUUAUCUUGUGGGUGGAUUUGGAGGUUGUAAGUAUGUUUACAAGAAGCUCAAGGAAGUUAUAGAAAAUGCUUAUGCCAGUCAAGGUCGUGACCAAUGCCCCUCCGUUUUGACACCAAUUGAGCCUCAUCUUGCUGUUGCUCAAGGAGCUGUCUUGUGGCGCAAGAAUCCAGAAAUAAUUAAAUUGCGAAAAUCAGAUGCUACUUAUGGCAUAGCAAUUUUCGUACCGUUCGAUAAAGCUCAACAUGAUAAGCAUUAUAAAUAUCUACAUGAAGAAGAAAGAAUAUACAGGUGCGACUCAAUCUUUUUUCCCUUCCUUAAGAGAAGUGAAACGCCAGAUUACAAUGAAGUAAUGGUUACAAGUCUCAUUCCACACAAUCAGUCUGACAAGGAAGUAUGCGUUAAAAUCUUCUCUACUUCAGAACCUGAUGUCCAAUAUGUAGUUGAUAAGAAUGGACAAAGCACAGUCAGAGAAAUAGGUCAGCUAUUGCUUCACGUUCCAAAUCCACAAAAGCUGCCUAAGUCCCAGCGCAAAAUAGAUGUCAUAAUGGAUUUCAGUGGCACAGAAAUACAGGCUAAAGCAAAAUAUAGAGUAGAUGAGAGUGAAGUUAAAACUGUUUGUGACUUUCUUUCUGCACAACCCUGGCGCUUAGGCCAAAAGUAGAUAAUCUACUCUUGCCUAGGCUGUUAGCUUUUUUGUUUUUUGAGCUAUUAUUAUUUUAGUGAUUAUUCUAGGAAAAUACUAUUCAUAGCUAUGAUAUUGUAGUUUUAUCUUGUGAUUCUUAGAAAAGUUA